AUGAGUUUGUUGAGAGGAAAGAGAGAAAUAUCAAAUCUAGAUCUGAUUAAUCAGAUUGAGUCGCUUCUUUUCGCUGGAGCACCACCAAAUCAGCAUCGGCCUUUUAGCCGGAAGCCCCGUAGGGAAAAAGACAUCACAAGCGUCGCCCUUUUAGCUGGAAGCCCCGUCGGGACCUCCAUCCUCCGUCUUCUGUCUUCCCAAAUCGGCGGCGAUGGUUUACGAAAUCGGUGGUCCGGUGUGCAAGUUUGUUGGAUUUCCUCUACCUCCGAAAUAUCUGUAGUGUCUGUUGAUGAUUCUGGCUUUAUUCACGAUCGGAUUGAAUUUGAGACUGCGAAGAAUGUUUCGGAAGAUCGUCAGUCGGAGAUUCAAUAUUCCGGUACUUCAGUUUCAUCCGACGUUUUGAACGCCGACGACGAUCCUCCCGUCACCAAUGCUGAUGACGAAGGCUCGGUAUCGUAUACUGCUAGCAAUAUCGAGAAGCUCCGUUAUCAUAUCGGUAUCGUCGAUCGAAUUGGGAAAGUGAAAGAGGUUUCUAAUGGAAUAUCUGGUGGUUUGAUUACGAGGCAGUUUUUUCCGGUUGACAGUGAUCUGGAGUUGGAGGACGAGGAGUUAGGUUCUCAGUCAAUAACAUCGCCGCCGUUCUCGACGUCUUUGUUUGGAUCGCACUGGUUGAAUCUUAAGGUUCCGGAACCUGUGGUGGCGCCACAAAACCUGCAAGUUCACCCGCCACCGCCGCAGCAGGCAAAGAAAAGCCGGCGAGGACCAAGGUCUCGAAGUUCACAGUAUCGUGGUGUGACGUUUUAUCGUCGGACUGGUCGAUGGGAAUCACAUAUCUGGGAUUGUGGGAAACAAGUUUAUUUAGGCGGAUUUGACACUGCCCUGGCUGCUGCUAGAGCCUAUGAUCGAGCUGCCAUCAAGUUCAGGGGAAUUGAUGCGGAUAUCAACUUUCAUAUAAACGAAUAUGAUGAAGAUAUGACACAGGUGGUAAAGAAUUUGUCAAAAGAAGAAUUUAUUCAUAUACUCCGUAGACAGAGCACAGGAUUCUCUCGAGGAAGUUCAAAAUACCGAGGAGUAACCCUCCAUAAAUGUGGGAGAUGGGAGGCUCGCAUGGGUCAGCUUCUUGGAAAAAAGUAUGUUUACCUUGGAUUAUUCGACAAUGAAGUAGAAGCUGCAAGGGCUUAUGACAAAGCUGCCAUUAAAUGCAACGGCAAGGAAGCUGUCACCAACUUUGAGCCAAGCAUCUAUGGAGCCGAUAAUAGCUUGGAAGCCAUGGAUGAAGAAGCUAGCGGUCACAAUCUUGAUCUCAACCUUGGGAUUUCUCCCACUAAAGAUAGUCCGGGGCCAAAUUUACAGGCACAGACACAAGCUCAAGCUCAAGCUCCAUUAUGGCCUAGUAACAUGUAUUAUGGUUUUACACCAAACAAUGAGGAAAAAGCGAUAGGAAUGACAUCUACAUCUGCGAAUAAUAUUCAAGGGCUCUCAGCAUGGCAAAUGCAGCAUCAUCAGGAUUCUCUUCAACUACUACUACUGUUUUCUCAAAUGGGGGUAGUAUCCAACACCAGCAGCCAAUUAACAUGGCCAAGGCCACUUCUUCUUCGAUAUACUUUCAGUAACCAGAUUGGUUAA